UUUUUUUCAGAUGAAUCAACAAUGCAAAGUCUGUGGCGAACCAGCAGCAGGAUUUCAUUUUGGAGCAUUUACAUGCGAAGGAUGCAAGUCGUUCUUUGGCCGCACGUACAACAAUUUGUCAUCUAUAUCGGAAUGCAAAAACAAUGGCGAAUGUGUUAUCAACAAGAAAAACCGAACUGCGUGCAAGGCGUGCAGGUUGCGAAAAUGUCUUGUGGUUGGUAUGUCAAAGAGCGGUUCCCGUUACGGUCGACGAUCGAACUGGUUCAAAAUCCAUUGUUUACUACAAGAGCAACAGCAACAGCAACAAAAGACCUGCAACAACAACAACAACAACACUAAUAGUAACAAUAAUAAUAAUCAUAAUGCUACCAUCCAUAACACCAGCAACGAAAACAGUAGCAACAGUACCAGUUCUCCAGGGCUGUCAAUCUCGAAUGGAUUUCUACCAAGUAGUUUCCUAUCCAACCUCUGCACCAACAACAACAACAACAACAAUAAUAGCAGCGUCAACAAUAACAAUAACAACAACAGCAUACACAAAAACAACAACACCAUCAAGAAAAGCUUGAAGCGUGCAAAUACUCCCAGCGAUUCGGGUGCAUCAUCUGCUGAUCUGGAUGAGGGUGGUGGAGGAGGUGGCGGAGGGGGUGGUUCUGGUGAUGGAAGCAGUUCAUACAAGGACCACCUUGCUGGCAGCGGGAGGGUAGAAAAUGGAUUCAAAACACCGGAACAUUCGGAGCACAACUUGCCAAAGUUGCCGUUGAAAAUCUCCCGUACGCCACCGUCGUCUUCGGCGCUCCAGUCACUCGCCGAGACGUAUCGACCUGCCCUACUAGAUCGCAUGUCACCAUACCUACCCGCCGUAUCAUUUCGGACCGAUGGAUCUCCCUUUUUUCCGGUCUCUUUUACGAUACCACCCGUAUCGCUGGCCAUGCUCUCCUCCGGUCAUGCCGCUGUUCAGCUGUGUAAGCGAGACGAGCAAAGCGAACCCAUUGACCUGUCCAUGAAGUCGUCUAAGUCAUCAUCUAGAUCCUCGUCGGAAUCGCCUCGACGAAUACGCGAUAGCUCGCCGUUGCUGCCCGAUCCAAGUGAAACGGACGACCAGUCUAAGCCGACGACAAUCACCACCAAAACAGUUCCUCUCGAUCUUUCAACGUUUGUGCGUAGCAAUAGUCUUCCCGGGUGA